GACUCAUAAAUCUCCAAUCCAAAGAAGAAAAAUAUUGCCCGUUAAUUUUUUUAAAUCCGUUUUGCGACCUAAUUCGAUAGUGGGUCUACUCCGAGUAGGCCUCAAAGGAUCCGAUUCCUUCGACCCGUUACCGUUCCAGCCUUCUCGAGUUGAAUCCACAAAAACCCUUGGAAAACCCCAAGCCCAACGAGAGACUUCACACAACGAAAGAGAUCUGAGGGUAAAGGCUUAAGCUGAGCUCUAAUGGCAGCGAAGAACAAGCAGAGCAUCAAAUCCAAGAAAAGAAAGCAGAUUCCUGAUGCGGAGAACUCUGCUUCGAAGAAGCCGAAGGUCGUGAAACCUCUGAAGAAGGAUUUGAAGAAACCUUUCAAAUCAUCCGAACAAAAUGCAUCACAUAUUGAGAAAUCAGAAGCUCAGGGCCCGAAAACGACGCGAGAACGUCGACUGCAAGCCAAGGAAUUGGUGAAGGCUAGGAAGAAAAAGAGGAAGCCACAUUAUACCCUUGAACAAGAGCUUGCAUUAUUGUGGGAAAAGAUGAGGCGUCGUAAUAUUGCCAAAGAAGAUAGAUCCAAGUUGGUGAGUGAAGCUAUACACAAGAUGAAAGGGAAGAUUCCUGAAAUUGCAGGCUCCCAUGUUUCUUCUCGUGUUCUGCAGACUUGUGUUAAGUACUGUACACAAGCUGAAAGGGAUGCUGUAUUCGAAGAGCUUAGACCACAUCUUCUCACCCUUGCACGCAACACCUAUGCAGUUCAUCUGGUGAAGAAAAUGUUGGACAAUGCCUCUAAAAGGCAGCUGGCAGGGUUUAUCUCUUCCCUCCAUGGGCAUGUUGCUUCUCUUCUUCGAAACAUGGUUGGAUCCGUCGUUAUUGAACAUGCAUACCAAUUGGGAAAUGCAAAUCAGAAACAAGAGCUUCUGAUGGAAUUAUAUUCUACAGAGCUUCAGUUGUUCAAGGACUUGGUUUCCAUGAAAGAGAGUAGAUUAUUAGAUGUAAUUCCAAAACUAGGCCUGCAAAGACCUUCAGUCUUACGACACAUGAUGUCAGUGAUUCAACCAAUUUUGGAAAAAGGAAUAGUUGACCACUCUAUCAUACACAGGGCAUUAAUGGAAUACUUCAGCAUUGCUGACAAGUCUUCUGCCACAGAUAUAAUCCAACAGUUGUCAGGACCGCUCCUUGUCCGAAUGAUCCAUACUAGGGAUGGAUCCAGAAUUGGGAUGCUUUGUGUCAAGCAUGGAAGUCCGAAGGAAAGAAAGAAAAUUAUCAAAGGAAUGAAAGGCCACAUAGACAAGAUAGCUCAUGAUCAAUGUGGGAGUAUGAUGCUCAUUUGCAUUCUUUCAAUUGUUGAUGACACAAAGUUUGUAACAAAGGUUGUCAUUCGUGAGCUUCAAAAAAUUUUAAAGGAUCUUGUUUCAGAUAAGAAUGGAAGGCGUCUGUUAUUGCAGCUACUUCAUCCAAACUGUUCUCGUUAUCUCAGUCCUGACGACCUGGCUUCUCUCAAUUUGUCUCUUCCAUCACUCUCUACGAAGGAUGAUUCAGAAGUGAAUCUGGACUCAAGUGAGAAGAAAAAAAUUUCAAAGGUUGGUAAAUCUGGUUAUGAGGUCGAGGGUGAUAUUGAGACGACUCUAGCUGAGGCCAGUAUAAGUGCAGACACUAGUGAUAGCCAUCACGUAGUUGGGGGUGGGAAGAAAGACUCUACCCUGCGAAGGCAGGAAUUGUUAGUCAAUAGUGGGCUUGCUGAGAGUCUAAUUGAUACAUGUAUUGAAAGUGCUGGGGAAUUUCUUAGAUCAAAUUUUGGCAAAGAAGUCAUAUAUGAGGUUGUAACUGGUGGUGCUGGCGGCAUUCUCCUCCCAACUUUGGGUGACAAAAUAAAAGCUUUACAUGAAGCUAUUGCAACUCUCACUGCAGAGUCUAAAUCAGAGCAAUCAGAAGAGCAUGUCCUUGAAAAUUUCCAUUCCAGCAGGACCAUUAGAAAACUAGUCUUGGAUUGUCCCGCCUUUGCCUCUACUCUCUGGACGAUUGCGCUAGAAGGGAAGUGUGAAAUGUGGGCCCGAGGUCACAGUUGUAAGGUAGUUGGUGCAUUCUUGGAAUCCUCAGAUAAAGUGGUACGCCAACUGGCCAAAGGAGAACUCCAGCCCCUGAUGGAUAAUGGCAUCCUUAAAGUGCCUGAGAUCAAGCAAUUGACAAAAGAAGGUUAAGAUUGUGGAGAAUGAAGUGGGGCAGUAAUCCCUCUGCAUGGAUCUGGUGUUGGCGGAUCACCAGCUGAUUCGUUUCCAUUUUUGUUUUCAAUUAAAACAGUCACUGACCUUUUUUUUUUUGUUGGUACAACCAAAUGGAGAGAUCUUGUGUGAAAAUUGAGAGCACACGGGCAAAGUUUGUUUUAAAUCGGUCACCUACAAAUGCAAGUCCUGCUUAGUGCAGGUGUUUUUUUUAUUAGAAUCCUAAUGACACAGUAAAUGAAGCAAGUUUUAAUAUUACCAAAUGCUGUGUGUUGCAGCAAUCAUGUA